AUAUAAAUAUUUUACUUUAUCUUUCGUCUUUAAGAUAAAUAUUGUAUAUGCGUUGUAAUUUUUGUGGAAUUUUCAUUUAUGGAUAUCAUUAAUGUAUAAUGGAUGCUUAUACCAAACAAGAUAAAAAACAUUAUGCAGUAGUUAAAUUUCUGUCGGAUGGCACAUUUUCUGAAAUUCCUACUGCCUGGCUUUGUAAAGAAGGUGAGACAGAUCAAUGUUGGUGGCCGCCACGAACAGCAAAUAGCACAAUUUUAAUUACAAAUUGUGCAAGUCCAAAUACCGACAUAUGGAGCAGACAUGAGAUAGAAAUAAUAAAAUAUUGUUCGUCAUUAGAAUCAGCUCGAAAAAGUGCAUCAGAUGCAUAUUAUCACACAACUGAUGACGAACGAUUAGGACGAGGAAAAAGACAAUUGCGCCCAUAUAAUCGAUACGACAGUAGUGAUGAAGAACACGAAGAAACACAAUCUCGAAAAUUUAAUAAAAAACAACGUUAUUCAUGCAAUCGUAGCAAUAAUAGUGACGAAGAAGAAUACGAAGAAACACAAUCUCGAGAAUUAAACAUUAAAGGUACAUCUUGUCAAAGAAAAAGACUUACAGAAAAAAACUGUUCGAGUGCUAUUGCAUCUACUCUACCAUCGUGUCCUGACAACUUUGGUUUAAAUAAUAAUGUACUCUCUACAUUUAAUACACAUAAUGUCUCACAAAAAAGUUGUGGAAGCCGUUUUAAUGAGACUUUGUCAAAGAAAGGAAUGGAAAGUGUUUCAUUGUCUAAACAAAAAGAAAAGGAAGCCGAAGAAGUGGAAAACAUACCCAUAAUAUUUGAUGGAUAUGUACCGUGUAUAGAGGAUAUAAAAGAGAAUGUGAAUAUAAAACAGAAUUUACAACAAAUGGUACACAUGCAAGCAACAGUAAACAUCACGUUACAAGAUAUAAACCAACGUUUAAAAAGAAUAGAAAAAGCUAUUCUUACAAAAUGUGUAUCAAAUUUUGAUGUAAAUGAUAAUAUUAUCACGAAAUUUUUACCUUGUAGCACAGUAGAACGUAUAAAGCAAUUUGAAUCAUUAUUGAAAACUACAGAAGAGGCAGUUACUCAAUUUAGAGAGUAUUUGUUGAAAAUAGGACGAAACAACCCUAAAGAUAAUAUACAACAAAUUUUGAAAAAAAUUUUCACGAAUGAGUGUGCUAUGAAUUGUUCCAUGAAAGGAAUUCGAAACAAUUUCCGAGUUGGUGACUUAAAUAUAAUAAAAAUUGUUAGAAGAGAUUUAACUUUACGUCACGCAAGUCUAACAGAAUCCGAUUUUGAUGGUAUAGUCGCAGAAUGGCUACGUUUUGCGAAACAAAGAAAAGAAAGAGAAGACAAGACUAAGGAACAAGACAAUGAAGAAAAUGAUGUACAACAUAACGUUGAUGAGUAACAUCUAAUACA